GAAUGGCGCUUUCGUUUCUAUCCCAAAACUCCGGUCUGUUGGAUUUACAAAGCAUAUUCGACCCACAAUAUUCUCAUCAUCAACAACAACAAGAACAUUUGAGCCACCACCCUCAACAUCUCACUCAACAACAUCAAAAUCAACAACUACAACAACAAGCGGAGCAGAUUCAACAACAUCAACAACAACGCACCCUUCCAACAAAGUUCGAUUUGAACCUGUUCAACGAACUCGACCAAAUGGAAUUCAACAACUUAAACCGCAGUCAAUAUCAGAAUAAUAAUAAUAAUAACAAUAUCAGCAAUAAUCAAAACUCCAACAACAACAGCAACACCACUAACGGUAUUAGUGAAAAUCUAAAUCAGAUCCAAAACCGCCACUUCAUUAGCGGCUACCAUCACCAGCAUAUCGGUUCGGACUAUGAGCAAGUGAUCAACUUUGUUGAUUCGCCGCCAAACUCAGAGGAAUCGUGGACAGAGAGCAGCUCGCUAAUCGAACAAAUUACGAUUGUCGUAGACGGACAGUCAAAGGACUCGCCGGGACCGCAAAUCAUCGACGUGCAGACCAUUUUCCUGAACAGCGGCUCACGCAAAAGACGAAUGGAUUGGGACUCUUUGGACAUUGGCCAAACUGAGAACUCACCCACAGCAUCGCAGAGCGGCGAGCUGCCCACCAAAGUGGCCCAUCAGGAGAAGGACAAGCACAAGCGCGAGAAGCACUCGGGUCGCAGCAGCUGGAGCGAUGAUAUCGGCUUCGAUCUGAACGCCGAGUUUAACAGCAACUCGUACUUGAACAAUGAGAACUUCCUGUCGUUCUCCCCUACGCUGACCACCCUGAAGCAGGAGCCACAGACGGAGCAGAUCAAGCCGAGCCCCAAGGCAUCCCUGGACAAUGCCGCAGCAUCGCCUUCCAUCGCCAUUGCCAAAUUGGAUGAGGUCCAGAACUCUCCGCCGCAGGCUAUUCCUGGCCAGGAUUCGGCUAACGGAUCUGGAUCGGCCGGCAACGGCAAGCAUGACGUAAACUCCGGACUCGCCUGCGGGUGUGGCUCUCCUCAGGGUUCACCAUUAGCCAACGCGGAGUAUGAGUUGAACGAAAAGGGAAAGCCGCAGCAACUUAGCGUUUUGGAUCCAGCUAAAAUAGAGAUAGGUUCGGCCAACGGAGCUACCCAUGCUGAUGAUCACAAAUUUCAGUACAUUUUAGCAGCAGCCACUUCGAUUGCCACCAAGAACAAUGAGGAGACUUUGACGUACCUCAACCAAGGCCAGAGCUACGAAAUAAAGCUGAAGAAGAUCGGAGACCUGUCCCUCUACAGGGAUAAAAUACUGAAGAGCGUGAUCAAGAUCUGCUUCCACGAGCGUCGCCUGCAGUUCAUGGAGCGCGAGCAGAUGCAGCAAUGGCAGCAAUCCCGCCCAGGCGAACGCAUCAUUGAGGUGGACGUACCGCUCUCGUACGGCCUCUGCCACGUGUCGCAGCCACUGAGCUCCGGCUCACUGAACACUGUCGAGAUCUUCUGGGACCCACUGAAGGAGGUCGGCGUUUACAUCAAGGUCAACUGCAUUUCAACCGAAUUUACCCCAAAGAAACACGGCGGAGAAAAGGGUGUGCCCUUCCGACUGCAAAUUGAAACCUAUAUAGAAAACACAAACAGUGCCACCGCCAGCGGCUCGAGCGGCAGCAACAACAGCGCCAGCGGCAGCGCCAGCGGAAACAGUGGCUCCACUGCUCCAGCAUCACCGGAACGGACUCCCAGUGGCAGCAAUGGCAAACAAGCGGUCCACGCAGCUGCCUGCCAGAUCAAGGUUUUCAAGCUAAAGGGAGCUGACCGCAAACAUAAACAGGAUCGGGAGAAGAUCCAGAAGCGGCCUCAAUCGGAGCAGGAGAAGUUCCAGCCCAGCUACGAGUGUACCAUCAUGAACGACAUAUCCCUGGAUCUGGUGAUGUCCGCCACCACUACUGGCUGCUACAGCCCCGAAUAUAUGAAACUUUGGCCAAACUCGCCCGUGCAUAUACCCAAGUACGAUGGAAUACUUCCGUUUGCGCCAAGUGCAGCUUCGCCGGCUACCAGCAGCAGCCCCAUAGCCAUCAACUCGGUGACAUCGACCAACUCGCCCACCCUCAAGCUGAUGGACACCACAAACAUGGUCUCACCGCAGCAUGUGCCCGCUGACAUAGACGAUUAUAGCCAGAACAUAAUGCCGGAAUCGACGCCCUUACAAGUGACGCAGUGGCUGACCAAUCAUCGCCUCACGGCCUAUCUCUCAACGUUCGCACAGUUCUCGGGAGCGGAUAUCAUGCGCAUGUCCAAGGAGGAUUUGAUUCAAAUUUGCGGCCUGGCCGAUGGUAUUCGCAUGUUCAACAUUUUGCGCGCCAAGACUAUUGCUCCCAGGCUAACCUUGUACGCCAGCUUGGAUGGCUGCAGCUACAAUGCCAUCUACUUGUUGUCGAACACGGCCAAGGAGCUGCAGCAGAAGCUGUUCAAGAUGCCAGGCUUCUACGAGUUCAUGGCCAAGGCCAGUGCACAGGAGAACGGAGCCGGUGGUGCAGCCAAUGCAGCUGCUGCAGCCCUCUUCAACAAUUGGGGGAUGCAUUCCAAGUACUCGGGCAGCGGCUCCAAUAUCUUCAACGACGCCAACAAGAGCUGCGUAUACAUAUCGGGGCCAUCUGGCAUUCUUGUGACCGUCACCGAUGAGGUGCUGAACAACGAGAUCAAGGAUGGCAGCCUCUACGCAAUGGAGGUGCAGGCCGGCAAGGUGAUCCUUAAGCUGAUCAACAAGCAGGACAACAACUAAGCUAUGUUUUGGCAACGCAGAUGCACUGUAGUAGUCACCACCCGAGCAAUCAAGUAUAGUUUAUAGCAUUUACACGCAGUAAGAUGGCACAUUGAAACCGUUUUUUAUAUAGGUUUUAAUUUGUAUGAGAUUUCGCGCAGCAAUUUUGAACAAGUAAAAAGCAAGCAGCCCCUAACCCUGUACCCUAAAAUCUUUGUUAAAGAACUAGUGCAAAAUAUUUAAGUUUCGUUUUCAGUCCUCACUUUAAGUUUUGUUUAUUUUAUAUGUAUUUUAUACCACCUACGAUAUUCGACUACAUAUGCACAUUUAAUUCUCCGAUGCGAUUGCAUUUCGAUUCGUUUUUUUCCUACUUUUAAUUUCUUUUAUCGCUAUGGCGUAUGCUUAUCACUUAAAUAACUAUUUUUUGUAGAACCACACCAAUAUCAAAUGUUUGAAGUAGAAAGAAAAAACCCAAAAAAAAAAAAACAAAUAAAUUUAAAAUAUUGAUUAUUACCUUGAAGUACAGUACCACGAAUACAAGAAUUGAUCAAUUGUUUCGAAGCAGAGUUCAACUAGCAACCAAACAACAACUUUUGUAUGUGAUAGAAGCAAUAAAGUGUUAUCCACAAGU